GGCAAUCUCACUGUGCAGACACUGAUAUAAUCUCAUGAAAUAUAUCGUAACUCUUUCACUAGAAAAAAAGUUACUUUCUAUAUUGAAGUAUUGAAAAGUAUUUUCUUGAUUAGAAAAAUGGCGCUCUCUCUUACGCGGUCGAUUUUACGGCCGACAAUUGGAAAUUAUAGGGUUUGUAGUUCAGUUCUUGGAAAAGAUCAGUUCUCCUGCGCGCUAAACGUUGCCGGACGUGCUCCAGCACGAUGGAAGCACAAUACACCCCUCAAUACAGUCGUCAUGUUCGUCCCACAGCAGGAAGCCUGGGUGGUCGAGAGAAUGGGAAAAUUUCACAGAAUUCUGGAUCCUGGUAUUAAUAUUCUUAUACCUGUUCUUGACAAGGUUAAAUAUGUUCAGAGCUUAAAAGAAAUAGCAAUUGAUAUUCCUCAGCAAACUGCUAUUUCAUCAGAUAACGUGACUAUAAAUAUUGACGGUGUACUGUAUCUGCGUAUAAUGGAUCCGUACAAGUCUAGCUAUGGAGUAGAGGACCCGGAGUUCGCGGUUACUCAACUUGCUCAAACCACGAUGAGAUCAGAACUGGGGAAAAUAUCUUUAGAUGCAUUAUUCCGAGAGCGUGAGAACUUGAACCUUCAAAUAGUGCAGGCUAUUAAUGGAGCCAGUGAAGCCUGGGGGAUUCAAUGCAUGAGGUAUGAAAUCCGUGAUAUAAAACUACCAGCUCGUGUACAGGAGGCAAUGCAAAUGCAGGUGGAAGCUGAAAGGAAGAAGAGAGCUGCUAUUCUAGAGUCUGAAGGAAUUAAGGCGGCAGAUAUUAAUGUAGCGGAGGGUAAAAAGCAGGCGCGUAUUCUUCAGUCCGAGGCGGAGAAACAGGAACUAAUAAAUGCGGCGGAGGGAGCUGCCAAGGCAGUUGUUGCUGCAGGAGAAGCCAGGGCUAAAAGUAUAGGAGUUGUAGCUGAGGCUUUGUUGCACCAGAACGGGAACGCAGCUGCGAGUCUGGCAGUUGCGGAGAAAUAUGUUGCGGCAUUCGGGGAACUUGCGAAGGAGUCGAAUACCCUGAUGCUUCCUCAUAAUGCUGGUGAUAUGUCCGGGAUGGUGGCCCAGGCGAUGACUAUUUAUACGAAGUUGAAUGCACAGAAUAAACUGGAAAGAAUAGAGGAGAAGGUCGAGGAAGAAAGACCAAGAAAUCCUGAUUACCAGAGUAAACUGGAUUAAGUUAAUCUGCCGGGACUGUUAUAAACCAACGGUAACUGAACCGAACUGGUUUCAACUGGAUAUAACCAACUAUCACUGAUAAAUCUGGUUUUACUGGAUCUAGACAACUGAAACUGAACUGGAUCGAACCAAAUAACUGAAUCGAACUGGCAGGUCUUCUAGAUCAAGAUGAUCUGAACUUGAUAUAAAACUGGAUUCAGUUGAACGAAAUUUGGGAACAUGCUUCGAACGGAGUUAAAUCUGAACAAACCAUUGUGGACAUUGGAUGCUGGACAGCAUUGACUAUAUUCUUCCAUUGGUGAAUAAGCCUUCAAGUAUUCUUUUAAUCAUCUUAAAACCCCUUCACCACAUCCCAUAUAUGUGACAUAUAUUCUGUGAUCAUAAUUUAAGUAUUUUUGGGAGAAAUAAUGUUAGCCUGAAUUUGGUCUAAAUCGAUAUCAGUUUAUCUGGUUGACUAUAGUUGAAAAUUGUUAAAAGUCACGAAAAGAGUUAUUUGUAUCAUUUCAUAGAUCUUUAAAUCACGUAAAACUGUAAAAUAUUUCGCAAAAUUUUGAUAUUUUGUGUUAUUAAAUCGUCACGCUAUAUUUUGGCUUUUAUUGUUGCUUGACAAUUUUCAACGUCAUGCAACUAAUAUGUUCAAAUCUCAGAUAUCUUGACGUUUGGAUUUGCCUUGGUUAUCUCUGGUUUUAUUUUAGAUGUGCCUUCUCUUCUAAAUAUACUUUUUCAAUGAA